GCACAUUGAUGUUACAUAACAAGAUGUUUUUAACAAAAGUAUUUAAAAAAGUAAAUCGCUGUGUUUGCAAAAAUGUUGAACACAUUUUUAAGCGUGUUUUAGCAAAUGGUGGAGCACAUUAAACUGUUCCUACAGAGAUUAGAUAUUAGUAAAAGCCUUUUUAUGGGAUUUGUUGACAUAAACAAAUGUCUACACUUCCCUCCUAAAAUGUAAAAACGUACACAACCUUAAUUGAAUAUCAUGUACGUGUGUUCAUGUCCCAGAUCACCAGAGAGAAUUAUGGGAUGACAGAAGUCAAAGAGCUCGUUCCCGGAGGAGAGAGCAUCAGCGUGGACAAAAACAACAGGAAAGAGUUCGUGGAGGCCUACCUGCGCUACGUGUUCUCGGACUCGGUGAGCGACGAGUAUGCGGCCUUCUCUUCAGGCUUCCUGAAGGUGUGCGGCGGGGAGAUCCUGUCGCUGUUCCAGCCCUCUGAGCUGAUGGCCAUGGUGGUCGGCAACAACAACUACAACUGGGAAGAGAUGGAGAAGAAUGCUGUGUACAAAGGGGAAUAUACAGCCACCCAUCCAACUGUCAGAUUGUUCUGGGAAGUUUUCCACGAGUUCCCUCUGGAGCAGAAGAAGCAGUUCUUAUUGUUCCUGACGGGCAGCGACCGUAUCCCCAUCCACGGCAUGGAGAGCAUGCGCAUCGUGAUCCAGUCGACCACAGCGGAGGAGCACUACCUGCCGGUCGCCCACACCUGCUACAACCUGCUGGACAUGCCCCGCUACCAGACCAAAGAGAUCCUGCACCGCCGCCUGACCCGGGCUGUGGAGCAGUACGAGGGCUUCAGUCUGGUCUGAGGAGGGGGAGACCUGCAGCAGCUUUGAUGCACUUUAAA